AUAAAAAACAUCACAUGUCUUAGAUCUAUCUAUGUCACAUUGCAUUAACAUUCCAACGUGUGUAUUUGCCAACUCCUCUUCUUUUGCAUCUAUUCCUUUCUUAUGUCUCCAAUAAUUCAAUAACUUUUAACACCUCACAAUCUAUAUUCCCACCCCCUUCAAUUACACACCACAAAGUUCCCUUCAACAUGUUCCUCCUUGUCCUAUACCAAGAAAGUUAGCCUCUUUCAAUAUUUUUCAUGAGACCAAGAUCCUAAUUUUCACUAUCUUACAACCCCAUUAUCUCAAAUUCUCAUUUUAUCUACACUCUUUGAGUCCAUUUUGCUACUCAAAAUAAAAAAUAUUAGUUUUUUUAAGAUAAAGAAAAUUACCCUCAUGCUGAUAUUAGUUCUAGGACUAAUUUCAGCUACUUUGCUAGUGAUUAUUGUUGCAGUUUAUGGCUUUUGUUACAUAAAAAGAUCAUCAACAAAUGAUACUAAAGACAUAGAAAGCUUGGAAGAAAAGCAAGAAGAGGUGAAGGAGGAUUUGAUCAUAUUUGAAGGUGGAGAGGAUUUGACAAUAUGUGAUAUAUUGGAUGCACCAGGUGAAGUGAUUGGAAAAUCAAAUUAUGGAACACUUUAUAAGGCUUUGUUACAAAGGAGUAAUAAAGUGAGGUUGUUAAGGUUUUUGAGACCUGUUUGUACUACAAGAGGUGAAGAAUUGGAUGAAAUGAUUCUGUUUCUUGGAAGAUUAAAGCAUCCUAAUUUGGUUCCUCUUUUGGGAUUUUAUACUGGACCUAGAGGUGAGAAGCUUCUUGUUCAUCCAUUUUAUAGACAUGGGAAUCUUACUCAAUUCAUAAGAGAUGGAAAUGGAGAGAGUUACAAAUGGUCAAACAUAUGUACAAUAUCAACUGGUAUAGCAAAAGGAUUAGAACAUCUUCACACAUCACAUGAAAAGCCAAUUAUCCAUGGAAACCUAAAGUCAAAAAACAUCCUUUUGGACAGCUCCUAUCAUCCACACAUCUCAGAUUCAGGACUCCAUCUUCUGUUGAAUCCAACUGCUGGCCAAGAAAUGCUUGAAAGUUCAUCUGCUCAAGGCUAUAAACCACCUGAACUAAUCAAAAUGAAGGAUGCUAGCGAAGAAACCGAUAUAUAUAGUCUUGGUGUAAUCUUGCUUGAAUUGCUUUCAGGAAAGGAACCUAUCAACGAACAUCCAACUCCCGAUGAAGAUUUCUAUUUGCCGAAUUUCAUGAGAAAUGCUGUUCUUGGACAUAGAAUUUCUGAUUUAUAUCAUCCUGCUAUUCUUCUCAGAAACAGCAUAGACGAUGAAAUUCAAGUUACAGAAGAAUGUGUUCUCAAAUUUUUUCAACUUGCUAUGGCUUGUUGUUCACCUUCACCAUCAAUUAGACCUAACAUAAAGCAAGUUAUUAGGAAGCUUGAAGAAAUUAUACAUUAGAAGUCUUAUGGGAAAUGGAAGCAUUGAUAAUUCACAUUUUUGUUCAAAUUCAACUUGAACAAUGUGGUUAAAGACAAUUCACAUUUGUACAUGAGAAAUUGAAGAGAAAAAUGUAACUGUAUUGCUUACAAAAUGUGAAAUUGGAUAUCGAACAAAGACUUCAGAAUCUUCGGGAUAUAGCGCAAAUGAUUGGUACGCGGCAUUGUGUGUUAGUGUUGUAAACAUCGAGGUACCAAUUCAAUUCCUACAAAACACAGACUUCUGAACAGUUGAUGUUGAUGUUAAGUAUUAAAAUCAAUUGAGGAAUUAUAGCAUGAAACUAAUGCUUCCUAUUUCUAGAUGUAAAAUUUUGGCUCUCAAAUUAUUGACUUUAAUUUUAACAGUUGCAAAUAAAUUUUUGCUACGUCACUCGUCUUAA